AUGGGUAACGUACUCAAAAAGAGCCAAGGCACAGUUCAAGCAGUCCCACAACAAGGUGCAGUUUAUGCACCUUUUCAACAACAACCUGCUGUGCAACAACAACCCCAGUAUGUGCAACAGCAACCACAAAUGGUUCAGCAGCCGGUGAUACAACCACAAAUAGUUCAGCAACCGAUGAUGCAGCCACAAGUGGUUCAGCAACCAAUGGCACCACAGCAAUCUGCGCCAUAUCGAUCGCCUUUUUCACAAGCGCAAGCUUCUUAUUAUCCUGCAUUUCCCAGUGCACCUUUCAUGCCUCGUUAUAGUGUCCCGCCACCAUUAUCUUUACCCACUGGUAAUAAUCCUGCUUCAUACUAUGAAAACGAUGCAUUUCUUGCAAAUUUAACGGGCUGGUCAGUUCAAGAUAUUGAGCGAUUGCGACAUGAAUUUUUAUCUUAUACAAAUUCAUAUGGUGUUAUUGAUCGCGAAGGUUUUCGUAAGCUCUAUGUAGCAUCUCUGCUGAACAUGACAUGGGAAGCGUUAGAGCGGGAUGCUGAGUCAGCGUUUCGAAACUUCGAUAUUAAUCAAACAGGUGCGUUAGAUUUCAACGAGUAUAUCACUGCUUGCUCACGUAUGGCGAGAGAAAUGAGUGCAGAAGCGCCUCAAACAGGUGCACCGUACACGUACUAA